AUAAAGGAUGUAUAAAGGAAUUGUACUGUACUGUAGUCAUGCCCUGCCUGUGAUUCUCCUGUCUCUUCCCUCCUGCAGGAUAAUGUCUGAGGGCGGCAGUCGGGGCGACGUGGCAAUGAGGGCGGACGCGAACGUCCACAGGCCGGGGGUCACGCCGGAGGAGAUGGCGGCCGGCUACGACGAGUGGUCCGAGAACUACGAGGAGAUGAUGAUCUGGAAAGGCGGGUACCGUGGCCCCGCCAUCACGCUGGAGGUGGCCUUGCGUUGCGUACCCCUGGAGCGGCGAGCCAAGGCCAGGGUGCUGGAGGUGGCCGCCGGGACGGGCUGCGUGGGCAGCGAACUCCACCGGGAAGACUUCAGCCACUCCCACUGGCACAUAGACGCUGUGGACCCGUCGGAGGGCAUGAUGAAGCAGCGGGAGACUGGCAUCUAUACCAACGACUUCCUGGAGUUUAUCGGCAGCGGACACUCCACCGUACCCAAAGACACAUACGACCUGGUGGUCAUCUCGGGCGGUAUGGGCGAAAGUCACAUCCCACUCAGUGGCCUCGACGACCUGGUGCGCGUCGCAAAGAACGGAAGCUUCGUGAUCAUCGUGAUGCGCCAUGAGUUCCUACAGACCGUGCCUUCCUACAAGGACAAGCUGGAGCCUUACAUGGACCAGCUGGAGGCGGACGGGAAGUGGAAGAAAGUAGUGAGCACCGUUGCCAGAUUAUCGUACUCAGAGCAUAGUAUUUACCGUUUUUUGACACCUAACUAUUGCCAAGAAACAUCAGGAAUUAACUAUUUUAACGAUAGAUAUAAAUAAAUCUAGUUAUUGAGCCCCAGGAGACAGUUUUGGGGUUGGAAGUUGGUAAAUAUAAGAGGCUGAGUACAACUAUCUGGCAGCGUUGGUACAAGAAAGUAUUUACUCUAAUCAAGGUUUCUGUCUGGCGGGGCUGUUCACUGUAUGGGCGCCUGUCACGACACUCUGGUGUAAGGAGAUGGUCAGGAGCUGGCCAGGGGGAGAAGGUCACGUAUUUGAAAUGAUGGUCAUAAUUCCUUCAGGUGGAGCGGCGCAUCGUCCCAAACUAUUUCUGUGACAAGGAGGGUCUCGUCUUCGUCUUCCGCAUCACUAAGCCUGAGUGAGGAGGAAGAGGAGGGAAGGGAAAGGAGAGAGAUGAAGAGGAGGAGUUAUAGUGGUGCUGUGCCAAGGCUGUCUCUGUGUAACAGCCUUGGCUUUCAUCGCGGCACCCGAGACUGAGGUGUGAAUUAUCGUGCUCUGGCAACCUGGCGUCAUGGCGUCUACGAUGUUAUAUGAUAGUAGGGCACAUUUGUCAGCAUUAAUCAUAUUAUUGAUAUUGUCGUAAAAAUCAGUUUUAGUUUAUAAGACUGAGGCUGCAGAAUCCUUAACCUCAGACCUUGCUAUCAUCUCCGAUUGGGAUAAAAGGAACCUUUGGGUUUUUGUGUCCUUCAAUGCCUCAAAAACCCAAUUUAUCCACCUUUCAACUCGACACAAUCUUCCAAACACCUAUCCCCUAUUCUUCAACUACACUCAGCUGUCACCUUAUAAUUCUUCAGAACUAAAUAUCCUCGGUCUAUCCUUAACUCAAAAUCUUAACUGGAAACUUCUCAUCUCUUCUCUCACUAAAUCAGCUUCCUCGAGGUUGGGCGUUCUGUAUCGUCUCCUCCAGUUCUUCUGCCCCGCACCGCUGCUAUCCAUAUACAAGGGCCUUGUCCGCCCUCGUAUGGAGUAUGCAUCGCACGUGUGUGGGGGGCUCCACUCACACAGCUCUUCUCUAUCUUUCGGCCACUCCCCUGUUGUAAAAAAAAAAUAAGGUCGCUGAUUAUGUAGCUGUAUGUGUGUGUGUGCAUGUGUAAUGGCAAGUUGCCAGAACACGAUAACGAAGACCUCAGACUCAUGUGCUGCGACUAUAGUAUACGUUUAGGAAUGCUUAGUCUGGGUCUUGGGGUCUUGAUGAUGUACAGACAUGUGUAUAUAUAUAAUAAACGGGUGCCUAC